AUGAGCCGAACGACAACCAGCAAAUCGACAUGGACCGGCGUCAGCAAGAGUUCUCAGCGGUUCUCGGGCGUGGAUGUGCAGGAACUCGGCAGAAGAGAUCGCGGACGCUUGAAGGACCUCUACCAACUGCUCAUCAAUAUCGGCUACAUUGAUCAGGAUGACAUCGACUGGUCGGGCACUUUGCUCGGAACUCAACACAAGCCCACAUACUAUGGUCCGAAACCGAAAGCCGGAAUCAAGAUCGAGAUCCUGCCCGAGAGCUACACGGUGGACUAUUCGGAUUACGAAGAUGUGAAGCUUUCGCGCCAUUCAUACAAGUUCCCGAAGGACAAAAGAAGGAAGCUGCCGGUGCUGCCGCCGCAUGAGGUUGCUCUGACGGGAGGAAAAGGAGUCAUCCAACGCUGGUACCAGUGCUACGGACCGCUCGAGGAGGUAGUCGUUGAGGAUGCGGUUGAUGCCCUAGAAGAUAUUAUGAGGGAUAUCAGAAAGCUGGACCUCAUUCCACUACGCGGCGUGGGCAUGUUGGAAUUCGGUCAUGAUAAGCAGCACCGCAAGGCCAAGAACCUCAUCCUUCGUUACGGCUGGCCGACGAAAUGCUACGACCGGUGGCUCGGUUACAUUUCGCACAACCCUUUCAGACGCGAAGACUUCCUGGAAGACCUCUCAGAGAUCCUCGAAGAGUGGAAGGAGGAAGAAGAGUGCGGAGAAGGCGAGGACUACUACGAGAAGGUAUUCCUGGAAGACAGAGCAGAGAUCGAGGAGCGGGAGGAGGAGCGUGCUGAAGAGGAAGCCCGUUGGAUCAGAAGACUGGAAAGAGAGCCAUGGCGAACCUGUCCGUCUGCAGAGCUUAGGAAGCGCCGUCCACUGGCGCCGAUCUCUCUGAAGACGGAAAAGACAGCCAUGGUCAGCGUGACUAUCUGA